AUGUCCACCUACUCGGCUUUCCCCGCUGGGGUUCCUGUCUCGGAAAGGAGCCUGGCUCGCGCUGGCUUUUAUUACACGGGUGUCAAUGACAAGGUCAAGUGCUUCUGCUGCGGCCUGAUGCUGGACAAUUGGAAACAAGGGGACAGCCCUGUUGAAAAACACAGACAGCUGUACCCCAGCUGCAGCUUUGUUCAGACCCUGCUUCCAUCUGGUCUGCAGUGCCCGCCUAAGGUCACAGCCCCUGUGAGAAGUGGGUUUGUACGUUCCUUACCUCUGGAGCAAGGAGGAAGUUAUUCCAGCUCGUCCUCAAACCCUCUUCACUCCAGAGCAGUGGUAGACUGCCCGUCCAGGACGAGUCCCUGCAGCUAUGCCAUGACUACCGAAGAGGCCAGAUUUCUUACUUACAGUGCGUGGCCUUUAAGCUUUCUGUCACCAGCAGAGCUGGCCAGAGCCGGCUUCUAUUACAUAGGACCUGGAGACCGGGUGGCUUGCUUUGCCUGUGGUGGGAAGCUUAGUAACUGGGAACCGAAGGAUGACGCUAUGUCAGAGCACCGGAGACAUUUUCCCAACUGUCCAUUUCUGGAAAAUUCUUCAGAAACACAGAGGUUUAGUGUAUCAAAUCUGAGCAUGCAGACUCACACUGCUCGAAUGAGGACGUUUUUGUACUGGCCGUCUAGUGUUCCUGUCCAGCCCGAGCAGCUGGCAAGCGCUGGAUUCUACUAUAUGGAUCGCAACGAUGAUGUCAAAUGCUUUUGUUGUGAUGGUGGCUUGAGGUGUUGGGAAUCUGGAGAUGACCCCUGGGUAGAACAUGCCAAAUGGUUUCCAAGGUAA